AUGGGUUUGAAACUUGCAAAAAAUUUCUCCAUAUGGUUGAUACUUGUCUUGUGUGCAUGUGCAGUGCAGCCGGUCAACCGGACUCACAAGGUUGGAUUGAACAAGUUCUCGGACUUGACCAACGAGGAAUUUGUGGCAGCAUAUACCGGAUACAAAUUGCCAUCAUCAACACGCAGGAACUCGUCCCAAGUCAAUUCUUUUAAGUACCAAGGUUCGAAUAGCAUCCCGGAGAGCGUCAAUUGGGUAAAACAAGGUGCUGUCAACCCUAUAAAGAACCAAGGCCAAUGUGGAUCUUGCUGGUUCUCCGUGGUGGCGGCGGUCGAAGCAAUCACACAGAUCACCACUGGCGUGCUACCAAACCUGUCCGAGCAGCAACUCAUAGACUGCGCCACUGACGGGAACCAGGGCUGUCAAGGCGGCUGGAUGGACAAUGGCUUCGAGUACAUCAUCAACAACAAUGGCAUCAGCUCCGAGACGAACUACCCGUACGUUGGGGUCGACAGCACCUGCGAUGUGCAGGCCUCAUCUGUUGCCGAGGCCAAAAUAUCGGACUACAGGGACGUCCCCCGAACGAGGACGACAUGCUGA